AUGGGCAUUGAUCCUUUUGCCUUCCCUGAAAAUGGAGAAGAUAACAAAAAAAAUUUAAAUUUUGUGACAUUCUGUUUCGUUAUUAAAACGGGAGAAUAUUAUUCCAACAUCAUGGAUUCUGCAGGAGAUUGGUGUUUGAUUGAGAGUGAUCCUGGUGUAUUUACACAGCUGAUCCGAAAGUUUGGUGCCAAAGGUGUCCAAGUUGAAGAAUUGUGGACAAUAGAAGAUGGAAUUUUUGAAAGUCUAAGACCUGUUCACGGACUUAUAUUUCUCUUCAAAUUCAUUCAACACGAAGACCCAUCUGGACCUGUAGUUACUGAUAAUCGUCUUGACAAAAUAUAUUUUGCUAAACAGGUUAUAAACAAUGCAUGCGCAACGCAAGCUGUCGUCAGUAUUUUGCUGAAUUGCAAUCAUCCCGAUGUAGAGCUUGGCCAAGAGUUGACGAAACUCAAAGAGUUUAGUAUGUCGUUUGAUCCAAAGAUGAGGGGUUUGACGCUUAGUAACUCGCAGACUAUUCGUGCUGCUCACAAUUCAAUGACUAAUCAAACUCUUUUUGAAUUUGAUCCUAAAACGGGCACCAAGGAAGAUGAUGCAUAUCACUUUGUAGGUUAUAUGCCAAUUGAUGGUCGUCUUUAUGAAUUAGAUGGGCUUAGAGAAGGUCCCAUCGAUCAUGGACCUAUUGCUCCAGAGCAGGACUGGCUAGAUGUAGUCAGACCAAUAAUCAUGAAGAGGAUCAAUGUGUACACCGAGGGUGAAAUCCAUUUCAAUCUAAUGGCUUUAGUGUCUGACAGAAAAAUGAUAUACGAACGCCAAUUAGAGGAGCUUUUGAACGCGUCACAGAUGCUCGGCAUGGAGACGGACGAAUUCGAAACUGAAAUACCGCGGCUUCGUAUGUUGAUCGAGUAUGAGGAUGUGAAAAUGACUCGGUAUCAGCAGGAGAUGGCGCGCAGGCGUCAUAAUUAUCUACCGUUCAUCGUGGUUCUGCUGCGGAUAUUGGCCGAGGAAAAAAAGUUGAUGCCGCUGUAUGAGAAGGCUAAAGAGCGCGCAUCGAAGAGGGGCCCGAAGAAGAUGAAAUCAAGCCCCUCGCGCUUGCUGGAGGACUCCGAAGACUUGCCUUACACCUUAGCUGACCUCGACGCCAUAUACAGGGACCCACAAGUGACCCAGCCCAACAGAGAUCCUCAGGACUCACUUGAGCAAGACUUGACUGCGCUGCAGGAAACUUUGGAAAAAGACAUGCUCGAAAUGCAACAAAGCAGUGGCCUCAUUCAACCUCAGGAUAUCGAGGAUGAAUCUCUGGAACUGCAAGAGAUCAUGGUGGACGACGUUGUGGCAUCCGAAGUGGUGCUCGAAGAUGAUGUUUUCGAUAGAGAUGAAAUAUUGGACGUCGGCUCUCAGGACCCAAUGAAAGAGGACGAGUUCGAAUGA